ACACACACACACACACACACAUGCUGGCCGGAUCCCUCUGAGACAGCCGAGAGCGCCUCGUUCACUCAUCCAAAAGCCAGAGACGAGCAUUUUUUAAUGGAAAAUGGCGAUAGGCGAAAGGUCUCGCAGCAUCGUCUGCUUGGUAUCUAUCCAGAUUAUCUUGAUUUUCAGCGCAUCGUGGCCUGGAGCGCAGGGGCUCACAUUCCCACAGCAAUACACUCAGCCUGCAAUCUUUGUCCACAGGAUAAUGCACUGGGCCCGGCGCAUCGAGCAGGAGAUUGACAGAGUCUUUCAGCACAUCUCUGGAGCUCAGCAGUUGAAAGGGAUAUACAAUGAAGAAAGACGACGCUUCAGUCUGGUGAAGAAUCAGCCACGAAGGAUUGUGGAGAAAGUGGCUCUGGAUAUAGAGAAGCUCCUGGCUAAAAAGCGCAAAGCACUAGAUAGGUUAGCCAGCGAAGCAGAGCGGCUCCAGCGAGAGCAUCUAUGGCAGGACGGAAUCAAGGAGUUGGACAUGGCCUAUUAUGACUCCAAGGCAGAGCUGGAUUAUUAUUCCAUGGAUGGAGAAGGAGAAGUGGAGAAUCCCUCUCAUAUCAAGCUUGAGUUUGUGUAUGACCCGAACUUCAAAAAUAACGUCAACUAUUCUUAUACAGCUGUUCAGAUUCCCACUGAUAUUUAUAAAGGAGGCAAUUUUUGCUGUCUCCCUUUUUUUUCCCCACUAGCUCCAGUGAUUUUGAAUGAACUUAACUGGACACAGGCGCUGGAGAAAGUCUUCAUGGAGAACAGUCGAGAAGACCCCUCACUUCUCUGGCAGGCUUUUGGGAGUGCAACUGGAGUCACUCGCUACUACCCAGCAACACCUUGGAAAACCCCUGAUAAAAUCGACCUGUAUGACGUCAGGAGGAGGCCCUGGUACAUUCAGGGCGCUUCGUCUCCUAAAGACAUGGUCAUCCUUGUUGAUGUGAGUGGCAGCGUCAGCGGGCUGACACUCAAACUCAUCAAAGCUUCAGUGAUGGAAAUGCUGGACACUCUAUCUGAUGAUGACUAUGUCAAUGUGGCAAGGUUUAACGAGAAGGCCGAGGCCGUGGUUCCCUGCUUCAAACAUUUAGUCCAGGCUAAUGUGCGCAACAAAAAGAUCUUUAAGGAGGCUGUGCAGCAGAUGCAGGCCAAAGGCACCACCGAUUACAAAUCUGGAUUUCAUUUUGCUUUUAAUCAGCUCCUAAAUAGGACAAAUGUCCCACGGGCUAACUGCAAUAAGAUUAUUAUGCUGUUUACUGAUGGAGGAGAGGACAGAGCUCAGGAUGUCUUCAUGCAGUACAACUGGCCCAACAAAACAGUGAGAGUAUUUACCUUUUCUGUGGGUCAACAUAACUAUGAUGUCACACCUUUACAGUGGAUUGCCUGCACAAAUAAAGGUUACUAUUUUGAGAUCCGCUCCAUCUGUGCUAUAAGGAUUAACACCCAGGAGUACCUUGACGUGCUGGGACGCCCCAUGGUUCUGGCAGGCAGUGAGGCCAAGCAGGUUCAGUGGACUAACGUAUACCAGGAUGCGCUGGGUCUUGGCAUGGUUGUAACUGGGACGCUACCUGUGUUCAAUCUCACCAUGGAGGGACACUCACAGGUUACAAGAUUUGUGUUUAUCUCACCACUUGGAGCUAAUGGAUACAUAUUUGCCAUUGAUCCAAAUGGAUAUCUGCUCCUUCAUCCUAACCUUCAGCCAAAGCUUGUGAACCUUCCUGAACCUGUGACUCUGGACUUUCUGGAUGCAGAGGUGGAGGACAGCAAUAAAGAGGAGAUCCGCCGACAAAUGAUUGAUGGAAGACCGGGUGAAAUGCAGAUUAAAACCCUUAUCAAGUCAAUUGAUGAGCAAUACAUCGAUGAUGUCUACAGAAGUUACACCUGGACUCCAAUCAAUGGCACAGAUUACAGUCUUGGCCUGGUAUUACCGCCUUACAACGAGUACUACAUCCAGGCAGACCUCAGUGAUGUGAUGCUGCAGCUUCAGUAUAUGCAGUCGUUGCUGCCCAGCUCCUUUGAAUCAUCUGGACAUGUAUUUCUGGCUCCAAGGGAAUACUGCAAGCGUCUGCAGCUUUCUGACAACAACACAGAGUUUCUGCAGAACUUUCUUUCUCUCAUGCUGGACAUUUCCCCAGAGUCUGAUGAAUGUGACCAAGGCCUCAUCCACAACCUGAUCUUAGAUUCAAGGAUAAUUGGACAGCUCGCCUCUCGCAUAUGGAAGAACAAAGACCUGAAUGCGUAUGGUUUCCUAGCGGUAUUUGCGUCUACAGACGGAGGAAUAACACGGGUUUUUCCCAACAUGGCUUCCGAGUUGUGGGACGAGGAUCCUGAACCUUUUAAUUCAAAUUUCUACCGACGAAGCCUCGAUAAUAAAGGCUACAUGUUCAGACCUCCACUGAGAUCCUCUUUUGAUGACACCGUUGGAGCAGAAAAUGGCACCGUUGGAAUCCUGGUUAGUUCAGCUGUGGAGGUUAAUUUAGGAGGUAAACUGCUCAAACCUGCAGUGGUUGGUGUGAAACUUGACCUGGAGGCCUGGGUGGACAAGUUUAAAAUCCUUGCCAGCAAUGUGUCAGACAGUCGGCAGGGCUCACACAAGUGUGGACCAUCACGGAGCUGUGAGAUGGACUGUGAAGUAAACACAGAUAUUGGGCUCUUCUUCGGUGAUGUGGACCCUUACCUGAUGCAUGCCCUCUACAACAACUCAAUCUUCAACCGCCUACAGUCUUUUCACUUCCAGUCUGCAUGUGAACCUGUCAGCAGCAGCCACACUGGCGCCGCACCGAGGGGCGUCUUUGUGCCGUCCAUUGCUGACAUCCUGAACUUGGCCUGGUGGACGUCCACAGUGGCAUGGUCUGUGACCCAGCAGCUUCUGUAUGGACUUGCCUACAACAGCUGGCUUUACCAAGACGAUGUCGUGGUUGAAGGCUUUGAGACAAGAGAAAGCAGCUGUGUGACCAUCCAGAGCCAGUUCUACUUCACAAACACCACAAACUCCUACAAUGUGCUGCAAGACUGUGGAAACUGCUCACGGCUGUUCCACGCAAAGCGGAUAGAAAACACCAACCUGCUCUUUGUGGUGGCCGAGACGUUGCCCUGCAGCUCCUGUGAGAUCGAGAGGCUGACGCAGGUCAGAACAGAGUUUCAAGAGGAAAAUCCAUGUGAGGUAUUGAGCAACGCACGAUACCGUAAAGGCCCAACCUCCUGCUUUGACUACAGUGCCUUAGAAAACACGUCAGAGUGUGGACGGGCGCAUUCUCUGCAGUCCUCUAUAGGAGUCCUGAUCUUCAUUCAGCUCACUCUGCCUCUCUUUCAUCUCUUACAUGUGAAGACACUCUGACAUUUUCCAUGUCUUUUAGUUUUGGCUCGGAUCUACUGAAGGUCAUAUCAAACAGCGACUGCCACAUUCUUCUUUUUUGAUCUACUAACUGCUCACGGUGCUUUGUGCUCGGAAAGAAAGCCCCCGGUUAGCUUUGGAUUCUUUUUUCCUUUUGCUUUAAUGCCCAUGCAUUUCUUUGUGUUUCAGGACAUGAGUGCAAAAUGUGGAAAGAGAAUGCGUUGAGUUUGCAUGCUGAAGAAGAACAUGCAUGUUUUAUAUUACUUUGAUUUUUUUUUUUUCACUUGGGCUCAGCUACAUUAAUCAUCCACAGAAAGUCAAGGAGGCAGCCAAAACGUACUUUAAAUGGGCCAGUGGAGGAACAACUUAACAGAUAUGACGUCAGCCUUUGGUACUGACUGUGCUGCUGAAGUGAAAAAUGAUCUGAAAUUCAUCUGUUUGUUUUCUUUCUGGUGAAGACAGAUCAGUGGAGGAUGUGUUUGCAUCGUAGAGUUGCUGUACCUAUUUGUGGAAAUACCCUUUUAAAAGAGAAAGCCCAGCAUUCCACCUUUAUAUUUAGUUAGUAUAGCAGUGUUUGUAUGUUUUGGUGCUUUUAGCCAUCCAUAUGGAAACCUUUCCAAGGCAUUUCAACGGCAUCCCACACAGCCUUCAAAUGUACAUAAAAAAAGGAAUUUGCUGCUGUUUUAGCUCCAUACUCCCACCUGUAUUUUUCAAGAUGACGCUUGUGGCAGCUUUGUUUUUGUUAGCUUAAAAUGACUCCUCUGUGCCUGUUUUUGUUUGCAUGUCUGGUCCUUGUAAUUGUCUUCUUAUGUAGAGCACAGGAAACUACUGCAGCUUUUGCUGUUACAUGAUGGUAGAUCUGAGCCUUAACUUCACAUUCACUCCAGUGUCUUUUGAUCCACCUCUGACCUUUGCCAGGACAGUUUUAGAUUUGUCGACUGCGUGAUCCACUAAAGGACCCCGAAUGACCUCCAUCUGCGCUUUAAACCGCUUAUUUGUCUAUAAGGUCUUUAAAACAAAUUUGAUUUCUGAGAAAACAUUUCAAAUUUCAUUGCUUUUCCCCCCUGAAUGUUUUUUCUCUGAGCAUUUUGAUACAUGAAACAACAUAUGAGAGAAAAAACAAUGCAAUGGCAAAAGAUACUGAUUUACCAUGAUGCAUAUAAAUGAAGAAACAUGUGAAGUUUUAUUGUGCUAUAAGAUUAUUUGCAGUUCACUUUGUUGAAAUCUUACCAUGGAUGUUCAGCAGGAUUUUGAAGUGCUUCCAGUCCAGUUAGACGUUGCCAAAAGACGGGAUGUCAAACAACAGACGACUGAUCAUGUAAAAGUAUGCGUCCUGGUAAACCUCGGGACUUAGCGGCGUGUAACGCCUCACAUUGCAAUAAUGCUAUGAUCAUUGGAUAUUUUACUCAAACAAUGAUAUUAAUUCAUGAUAAAAUGAGUAAACUAUUGAUGUACUUUACUAGCACAAAACAUGAGCAUUGUGUGACCAACACAUUUGAACACACUUUAAAGAUCAGUUGCUUGAUGGAUAGGAAGCUUUUUGCCCAAUUUUUUUGUCUUGUAUUGCCAAUAUUUGUAAAAUCUGAAUUUAUGCACUUAUGUACGCUUCUGUAUGGGGAAUGUAGCUUCUGAACAGCUAUUGGUAUAAUCAAUAUGUUGUCAGUAUGCUGUGCUUUUAAUCUUCUGUACCAGUGCACCUGAACGUUGUAAUUCACUGUGGUGAGUGUUUCUGUUAUCAUGCAUACCUGUGAAGACAGACUUUUAGAAACAGUCUUGAGAACAUUUGCACUGAAAAAGGCUUCUUAGCUUGUACUUCUAGGACUGCAGUGGUAGCAUGGUUACAGUGUUUUAUGCUUUUUAUUGGAUGGGUUGACACAGCUCCGGUCUGGUUCAGCUCACUCCAGCUCAUGGAUAUAGGCUGCAGAUGAUCAACUUGAAGUUAAUGCACCAUGGCUACAGCCUGUCAUACACAGACUCAGCUCUGCUGGAAAUGGUUGUCUUUUUUUUUUUAUUUCAUUGAGCUUGCAGCCUAUAUGUCACAUAAUCUGAACAUUAUUUAUACACAGAUUUCCUAUGCAGGUGAGUGUUAAAACAUCAUUCUGUAUUCAGACAAAAAUGAUAAAAUUAUACAAAAAUGACAAAAAAACAAACAGAAAUUAGUCUCCCACAGUGAAUCACUCCGUCAUGUCUUUAUGUUGUCAUUUGAUCUGGCUGCCAGGAAAACAUGGGGUAUUUUUGAAAAGCCUUUUGAACAAAACAUUUGUAAACCAAUGUUUUUUCCGUCUGCCUGGUGUCCCACCCCGCAGUGCCUUGUUGCACUCGCCAUUUUCGAUAAAAGGAACAUUUGGAUCUCUGAUGUGGACAUUUGCCCUGCAGGCUUUGUGAGCGACACACUUACAUUUGAAGAGGUACAGUGGUCCAGCUUUAAAAGGACUUCUUAUUCAGGAAAUAUGAAAUGAUGCUCUCCAAGAACAUUUUUAGUGGAGCACACUUGUGAAAGAGCACUGCCUUCUCAUGGACAGGCUUGAAUCAAAGCACAGACUUUGUCCAUUUUCAUAGAUUUCUACGCCAUUCCCAUCUGCACCGUGUUAAUACUAUUUGACAUCAGUUGGGAAUUUGUGCUUCUCAGUUUGGACUGAUUGAAAUGAAUGAAUGUUUAUGUACAGUAUACCCACUGUUGUUCUUUUCUUCUGCACCCAAGCAUGGUGGGGAUAUGGAGAAUUAAGACCUCAGCAAAGACAAGACCUGUAGUACAACUUCUGGUCAUUUAGCCGUGCUAAGACGACACUGCUGUUCUCUGAGGCAAGGCAUUUUUAGGAGUUUGCCACCGCCAAACAUGGAAUAUAUUACCACAUCUGAGGUCGGUGUUGUUGUUUUGUUUCAAAUGACUGGUACUUAAUUGCAUGAUAUUUUGAAUACUUUACAGAUUUGUGUGCAUAGUCUUCUGAAUAUUUUACAUUCCUGUCUGCAUCUGGCUCUAGCCCUGUGAUUGUGCCUACUGUGGAUACUGCAGGUGAUGAGGAAGCCGUAAAUUUAGCUGAAAGUAACAUUUUUAGCUGAAACCUACAGUGUUCACGUUUUUGGCAGCAAGUGAUAGCACAGAGAAGUUCAGAGUUAUGAGUUAAGUACUGCCUGAUGAAUAGAAUCUUCAUUAAAAAAGUCUCAAAUGAUGUAAAAGCACAGGAAAUUAUUUAUGCAUCUAAAGGUUGUAUAAAAAAUAAGGCAGUGGCAUGUGUGAGGACGUUAUUAAUCAACAUAAUCAGAACUUAAAUGUCAGUGUUGCUUUCUCACUUACUCAUUUCCUAUUUUGUUCAUUAACCAGUUUACAAGGAAAAUGGCAAAACAAACAAAAAAGAUCUAUAUAUUCUGUCUAUUUGUGUCUUUCAUUUAAUGAUUAUCAAAUGAUAAGAAUGUUUUGGCUGUAACUUUGCUCUCCAUUUUGCUGAUGUCGUUGUUUACUCUGGAAAGUUUCCUCUCUUUGUGCCAGCCUCCGACACCACCUCAUUUUGUACAGACAAUGUGAAGCAGUCUGCAGAAGAUGAAGACUUACUUUGUAAAGAUUUUCGCAGUCUCAUUAUGAAAUGGAUAUUUAAAUGUUUUUAUCUUUGUGAUUAAAUGCGGUUGAUAUUUUUCACUUUAGUUAUGAUUUUUUCUAAAAAGAUUGCAACAUUCAUCAUUUACUUACUAAUUCUAUAUACAGUAUAUACAGAGGCCCGUUGUGAGCCUAUGGGAAACUUCCAAAAUGUAAACACUGAACAGUAAUAAUCAAGCUAUUUAGAAAACUAAGUUCUUAUGC